UGGUUGGUAUUAGUUUGUUCAUCUUGUCAACUUUCUUGAAAAGCAACGGGUUUUAAUAUCUUUUUCCUCUUUUUGAAUCUUGAAGUUUAAUUCAAACUUCUCAUAUUAAUUGUUAAGAUUAACUUUUUUUGGUGAAGUUAUUACAUGUGUAUACUCAAGGUGGCGAAUUUUAGAAACAAAGCCAAUUAUAAGCCAAUAAAAGAUGAUGAAGCUCGGAAUAUCAAUGUGAUGUUUUCUGGGAUUAAUAGAGAAGAGGAGAUGUCAGUUAUGGUUUCUGCACUGACACGUGUCGUGAGAGGUGAAGAUAAAGUACUGAAUCAAGGUGAAGGAUGUGAUAAUAUUGGUGCAGCUAAUUCUGGUUUUUCUCCUUCUUUGAAUGCAAUUUCUGGAGUUGUUGGAGAGAAAAGAGGACGUGAAGAACAAAGUGGGCAACUGUUCUUGUCUGAUAUUAGGUCAUCAGGUGGAGAAAGUUCAAAUAUUAGGACUAUUGCCAACAACACACCAACAACAGAAUCAACAUUCCUAUACAUUACUCCCACAUAUGGAGAAGGAAAUACUAAUCAUCAACCAAGAAGAAGAUAUAGAGGAGUUAGACAAAGGCCGUGGGGAAAAUGGGCAGCAGAAAUCAGAGAUCCAUAUAAAGCUGCUAGGGUUUGGCUUGGCACUUUUGACACUGCUGAAGAUGCUGCUAUAGCUUAUGAUGAAGCUGCUCUUAAAUUCAGAGGCAGCAAAGCCAAACUCAACUUCCCAGAAAAUGUUAAACUCUUGCCUACUUCUUCAACUCACGAACGAUCACCAUUGAAGUUAUACUCGCAUCAGAAUACUGUCGGUAAUCUGGGAUUUUCUACGAGUACGUUGGAUUCCGUGGAAAAUACACGUGUUUCUAAUAGUACUAUUUCUCAUGAUUAUACUCCAAAUACCCUUUACAGUACUACUGUUUCUUCUUUCACUAAUAAUUAUCCAAUAAUUCACACUCAACCUAAUUAUAAUAAUACUAACAUAAGCCCUCAAAAUUUCUUGAAUGAUGAUUUUCAAAGGUUGCAACCACCUUCAAGUUUAUUAAACCAAUUACAGUACUUGUCAUCUUCUUCUUCAUCGUCUUCUUCUUCUUCUUCUCAACUGCCUUUUCUUCCAAGAAUGUUUUUUCAGGGUUCCCAGACUACUAGUCAGAGUAGUGGAAGUGGUUUUCGGGCUACUUCACCGGAUUCAACUUAUGUUCACCCUUCUUCUAGAUAAUUUAGUAGCUAGGUUUUUUUAUUUAGCACUUCAAUGUGAUUUUUGAAUGGAUUGUGAAUCAGAUUCGGCUUGCAAUUUGCAUAGUGAUCGGUCUAGCUGAGCAAGGUCCACUUUUCCUAUUAUGCUAAUUUUGUUGGGAUAUAUCUUGAGCGAGAGCUUAUAAAGUGAGAGUUAUUUCUGGAAAUUUCUUCUGGUAACAAAGAAGAAUAUAAAAAGACGAUGAUUGAUGAUGAUGAAACGAA